ACAAAUGCUUGGCAACCAAGUGCAGUGCCUAAUAAUAGGCUAGAAAACGCGCACCGGCGGUUUAGCGGCCACCGGAGCCGAUGGCAAAGGAAAUGAACACUAAGAACAUGUCACUAGUUGAUGUCAUCGUUCUUGGCAGCUCCGCGCCCGCGGACGUCCUGUGUGCUGCUCUGGCGCCCGCAGUGACAACUUUCCGCAUCGCCCUUGGAUGUCCUGAUUCGAAAGAUGAGUAUGUAAAGAAGACGGAGGAACGCGUGCAUCUAAAAGCUAACAACGGACGUCAGACGGGAGAUGACGACAGGCUACCACUCGCGGCAGGCCCAGACGCCACGUCACGCCAGCUGGUGUUCCUGUCGAACCUGGAGGCCCCCAGCCCAGGCUGCAUGCCAACAUGGCGUGUGAGGUACCAGGACCUCCAUACAGGAGUGGAAGCGGAGCUGAGGGCACACUUUGUAGUCAUAGUGGCCGAGUCCGGCGCAAUCUUCGACAGCCCCAGCAGAAGCAGCGGCCCCGACGCAUUUGCGUGGCUGCCGGAAGGCGCCAGGCCUCUCUCACCAGCUGGGGGCUCUGUCGGCCGGGUGUUGCCGGCAGCAGCUGCCACGGCAACGGAGCUGAUGGCUGCCGCAGGGGUCACGGUGCUUGGCAGCGGUGCGGUUGCCAAGGAUACCGCAUGCGCGACAACUCUGCUACGAGGCGGGGGUAGCGUCCGACUCACUCUCCUGCCUUCAUCAGCGGGAGCAGCGGGCGUUUCUGUUGUCGAUGGUGCCCAGUUGCUGUCCUCCGCCCGGCGUCGCGCGCUGGCUGCCUCGCUGCAGCCGCACUACACCGCGCCGCAGCCCGGGCCGCUGGGCAAGGCGCUGCGGGCGCCCGCCAAGCGCCGCUUCUGGGCGCUCGUCAAGGACAAGCUCAAGUUGCGGCGCGGAGGUGGAAGCAGUAGCAGUGGCAACGGCGGCACUGGAGAGCAUUUGGUGCUGUGGGCGCACAGCCUGCAUGACCCCCGCUUCAUGCCGUUCCUGAGCGGCCCGUUGCGGCAGGCAUUGCUGGGCGGUGCGGAUGGGGCCGACGACAUGGUUCUGUACCGUGGCAUGGUUCACCCGGACGUGCCUGGCCUGGCGUUCAUGGGCCUGGAGGCUCACGCCGGCAGUAGCCUGCUGCUGCUGGAGCUGCAAGCGCAGUGGCUGGCGGCUAACCUGGCGGGUCGGCUGGCGCUGCCGCCCGCCGCCGCCAUGCGCGCUGACGUGGCGGCCCAGCGUGUGUGGCGGUCCGGCGCGCUGGCGCACCCGCUCAUGUCGGUGGGCGGCUCGCUGGCGCGGAGGCACGAGCAGUGCUAUCUGGAGCAGCUGAGGCAGGACCUGCGGAGUGUCAGCAUCGCUGCAGAAUCGGUGGCAACUGUAUAUGCCGCUGGUCAACGGCCUGCUCUGCUGUCAGCUGUAGUGUCGCCCGCGGGUAUUGUGAGCUCUAGUAGCGAUGACGGAGACGACGCGCCGGUCAGUGGCGUAGGCAUGCUAUCAAUCGCCCCGGAGCAGAGCAGCAGCGCAGGGUUGCAGCACGUAGCGAAGGUUGUGUCUAGCGCGUCGGAGCCGCUGCCACGGCUCCAGGAGCUCCAGACCGGGGCCGGCUCGCCCUCUGCGAAGGGGCGCCGCGGUGCAGGCAACAGCAGAACUACGGGCGCCAGCACGCAGCUGUCCGCAACAGCAAGUGCCCUAGAUGACAUCAAGGACGCCCAUCUCAGCGUGCCCGCUGCAACUGGUGCUGGGGCCAGUGCCAGCGGGGCCACCAAGGCCUCGGUCGCUGCUGGCCGAAGCAACCCGCUCCUCACCAUACGCACCGGCGUCCAACACCGCUCGGAGGCAGGUGGCAAUGGCGAAAUCGUCGGUGGGGGCACGAGCCGCAGGGACGCCGGCAGCGCCGGCCUCGGCGCAAGCCAGCUGCUGCUGACGUCACCGGCGUCGCCGCGGGCGCUGCCCCGCGGCGCCAGCGUGCUGCACUCCCAUUCUUCCGCCAAGUCAGCCAUGGGCGGCGUCCACCUGUACGACAACAGGCUGUACGGCACCGGGCGCGACAUCGACGCUGGCGCCGCAAUGGCCAGCACCGCGGAGGAUGAGGAUGCGCCUCAACAUGACGCACCGCUGGUCACAGCCGCCGCAGCCGCCGUUGACGGCCGCAAGUCCGUUGCCGAGGUGUGGGCUUCAUCAGCGGCGGCGGCUUGUGCGGCUGCAGCAGUGCCCUCCUCGCCUGCAGCAGCAGCAGCGGUAGCAGCCCCGACGGCCGCUGGAAAGGCUGCCGCUUUCCUGACGCCUGCCGCUGCUGCACCCCCGGCCUCGUCGACAAGCACCACUGCUCAGCAUCGGAGGCCGCCCCGACGGUCCAUUUCCAUGCCUAAUGCACAAGCUGUCCUGUUGGUUGCCAAGCCGCAUCUCCGCCACCCUUCGCCCCUCAACCCGGGCGUGGGCGGGGCCAGCACUGGCAUCGCCCGUGUCCGCACCGCGAGCCUGCUGGGGUCGCCGCUGCGCCAGGGGCUGGGGACCUUGAGCAUGAAUUUCGGCCGCAGCCCACUCGGCACGCCUCGCAGCAACGUCACUUCCUUUGCCGGCGGUGCUGACGGUGGCGCUGGUGCGGGCGCCGCGGCCUGGCGGCCCGACUGCGCCUCGGACGCUGUUGACGCAUUGCAGUCGCAGCUGGCGGCGCUGCGUGACCACUUGCGCAACCCGGCACAGGUUCCCUUCCCAUCUGCUGCUGGAGCGUCCGUAGGCGCCGAGGGCGCGGCAGCACCGGCGCCGGUAACGCCCUCCAAGAACGCAUCGCCCGCCGUGGGCGGCUUCCUCGCAAAUAUGCUCUCAUUCUCAAGGGCCUCUUCGGGUCAUAGCGCGGCGGCUUCGCCUCGAUUAGCCCCCGGCGGCCCGGGCGGCGGCGGAGCAACGCCGGCGUCGCCUAGCUUACUGACGGCACAGCCAGCCACGACCGCAUCAUUCGCGGCCUCUAGUAAGCCGCUUGGGGCGCAGUCGUCCUGUCGGCUGCGCGUUGCGGGGCCCGACCUCCCUGUGCUUGGCGAAGUCAACGAAGGCACGGAGCAGGACGCCCUGGCCGAGGCAACCGCGGCUGUGCAGGCGGCGGCGGAGGCAGUUGCGAAGGGCAUGCACCGCCGCCUGCCGCCGCGGCGCAGCCAGACCGCCUACGACCUUGGUGCGGAUUACACAGACACGGCCUUAGCGCAGCUUGCGGCGUUUACGGCUGGCGUCGACGCCGCAGGGUCACUCGUAAGCCCAACUUCCCCACGGCUGUUGGUGGAGCCGCUCAGGGAAGGAUUCCGGCCCCGCGCCACAAGCGGCGGAGGUACGGCAGCGGUCUCAAUGCCAACAGCGGGGUCUGCGGCAGCGCCGGCUGCUGGCCCCAGCCAGGUCGCUGCUCCUGCGUCGCCGGCGCCGAUGGCACAGUCGGCUCGGGGCUCCUUCAUUCAUAACCUCCUGCGACGCCGGCCACCACAGCGCACUGCCUCCGUCGGUCCAGGGGAGUCCUGGAGCACGCGCCCAGCCCUUGCGGGGUCGCCCGUCCCCGCUGGAACGUCCGGUGUAGUGUCGGUGGCGGCACGUACGGCCAUUGCGCAAGCCAUGGCAGCAACGGCAACAAUGACCAGCUCUCGGCGUAUUGCAGCCUUGGGCUCUGAGUCCGGUCUUCCGUCGCCGGCACCUCGAGGCAGCGGCGCCCCCAGCGCCGGCAGUCGCCGUGUCCGGCGCUCCGCAACCGCCAGCUUCCUCGGCGCCGGCUUCAGCACUGGUGGAGUACCGCUGCUACCCCCGGUUUCCGCAGCGCCGUCACCUCGAGUGACGGCCACAGGCGGGGCUGAUGCUGCGAGCGAGCGAGCUGCGGCUACCGCGCUGUUAACCCCCUGCGCAGACUUUGUGCUGUCACCGCGGGCCACGCUGGGGAGUGCAGAGCACCGUGCAGGCCAGUGGCAGGCGGUGCCGGCGCCCUCACCAACCAGCGUCAGCGGCAAUAACUUUGCAUCUCUGAUGAGCCAAUCAGCUGCAUUGGCGUGUGGCAGCACCAGUGUCAGCAGGAGCAACGCCAACAAUGGGCUGGUCAGCGGGAGCGACGCGCCGGGCGCCGGAGCGGCGCUGCACCUUACCUCGCCGCGUAACGGUGCUGCUGGGGUUGGGGCUGCAGGUGGCACCUUUGAUCUUUUGGUGAGCGGCGGAGGGGGCGGGGGAGGUGUCACUGCUUCUGCUGCCGCAGCCAUAUUGCCAGGCAUGCGCUUCAGCGCGAGUGGCAGCGUGGUGCAUGGCGGCGGCUCCCCAGUCAUGCCGGGCGUGGGCAGCGCGGGGCCCUCCCGCAUGGGCAUGGGCAUCCACGGCUUCGGCAGCACCGCCGGAGCAGGAGCCGUCGGUGGCAGUGUGGCUGGCGGCACCAGCCGCAAGAGCUUGGUGAAGCUUGGCGCCUCCCUGGCAAACCUGCUCUCAGGCGGAGGGUCCGCCGGCCGAGAUGCCGGUGGCGGCGGCGGCGGUGGCAAGAGUGACAGCGGCCGGGCUCUGGGCGGGCUGCUGGGCGAGGCCGCUGAGGCCGCCAUAUUGCCAUACACGAAACGCAUGGCGGCAGGCAGCAGUGGCGGCGGAGGCGGAGGUGGAGGUGGAGGCGGCCCCAGCGGUAAUGCAGUCAGCGGGGCCUCGCAGGAGUCGUCGCUGCGCGCCGAUGCCGCCUACCACAGCAGCCCCAGGUCCGGGAUGGCGCCGCCGCCAAACGGGACGUCGGGUGGCUUGCGGGCGGCUGGCAAGUCGCGCACCUCCUCCAGCGGGGCGUUCAACAGGAGCAGCACGGGCGGCAGCAGCGGCGCUCAGGUUCUGCCGCAACGCCCUGAGUCUCAGCAGCGUGGCGGCGCAGCCACGGGCCGUGAGGGUGCUGCCGGCGGGGCUAGGGCCUACGCAGGAGCGUGUGCUCCCGCGCCCAUCUUAGGCGGUGCCACUAGCGGUGCUCACGACCGGCCCACUUCCGCUCAAUUGGCGGUGAAUGAUCUUGGCCCAGACCUGGUGAACGACGACGAUCAGGACGCGGCGCUGCUGCUGUCGCUCGAGCGGCUCACGGCGGGACAGCCGCGCACUGCGACGGCGCCACGCGUGCCGCAGCUGGCAGUCGCGUCUGCAUCGGGAGCAGGCGCGCCGGAGCCCAGCGGCGCAGACGGCACUGGUGCGGAGGGCACCCCGCCGCUUCCCAUCCCCCUCUCCGCGGUGGCCUCGCCCCCAGCCUCUGGUGCCAGCUCUUAUCCCACCUCCGUAGCACAAAGUGCGGCCGCCACCAUCUUCGCCUCUGCCUUGGGCUCAAUCCUGCGGCCGCCGCUUGUUCCAGCAGCUGCUCCCGGCACCCUCACUGGCGCCACGAACACCACCGCCGGCACCACCGCCACUGACAUGCCGUCACCGGAUGUAGCCCUUUCCAGCGCGCGCCCAGAGGAGCAGGAGUCUCCCAGUCCUUUUGCUGAGGGCGCCGGUCCCACGCUCGACGAUGAUGACUUUGAUGCCUCAUUGCUGCUGCCCGUCGACGAGGCCGCCGCCGCAAACUUCGUAGACCUGCAGCAGUCGGCAAAGCUCCUGGGCUCGCCUCUCUCCGUGCCCCUGCCUAGGCCAGGCAAUGUGCGCCACACCGACGGAGCAUUCGUGGCCGCUGACGGCGCGGUCCCCACCGCGGGCACAGCAGCAUCGAGCCACCGGCAGACGCUGGGAUCGAUAAAGGCGGCGGAACCGACACAGGCAGGCCCACCGCAGCGAUGGUCGUUUGCGGGCUCAGCCUCGCCUGCGCCGGGAUCCGCUGGCCGGCAUGGCGGCGGCUUGCCGCAGUCCCAGUCACUGGUGGCGCCGGACACGUCGCCCAUUGCGCAGCAGUGGGCCGCGCGGCACACGCCGUGGCUGCUGAUGGCCCGCGGUUCCCGCACCAACCAGCCCCUCGACCCCAACCACCAGCGACACGGCGAGCCGCAGGGCCCCGCGCAGCGCAUUUCCAUAGCUGCUCCAACGAACGCCGGCGCGCCCUGUAGCGCCACGCCGGCCACGCCGGCCACCCCAGCUGCUGUGGGCCAUAACAUUGAUGUGCCGUUGAGCGCUUCGGCGCCCCUGCCUGCGGCCCUAGGAUUGCCCCAAGGCCCGGGCCAACAGCAGCAGCCUGCCAUGGCGAUCGGCCAUGGCUCGGGCGUCUUGAUAGGCGACACAGCACCCGGCCACGACAACAACAGCCGCAACUGUGACGGCUCCAGCACAGCCAGCAGCACGGAUGGUGAGCACAGGCUGGCCGGUGGCGGCAGCGGUGCAGCUGGCUUGACGCGACAGGCGCAUACCGUGGCUGCCGGCGGAGCACUGCGCGGCAGCGGUAGCGCUGACGUCGCCGGACGCGACGGCGCCGCUCACGCUGCAGCACGCGGCGCGCCGGCCAGCACCUUCGGCUUCGGGCUGACGCCGGCUGCCGAUGCACGUGCCACCAAGGACUAUAGGGGCGGCAAUCAGCAGCGCAACCCCCCGCGCAGGUCAAUCACGCUGGACCCCAUGGCGGCGUCAGUGCCGGGGUCGGCGUCAGCGGGGGCACAGGGCGGCGGCAGGCUGCCCUCGCGCCUCAGCUCGCCCAACCUCGCCCUGCAGUUGUCGCCGCAGCUGCAGCAGCGACUUGCCUUGGGAGGCGUGCUGGGCGCAAGCACCGGCAAUGGUGGUGGCGGCGGCAUGGGCGGCGGCGGCGGCUCUGGACCCAACACCAUGUACGGCAUGAAUUCGCAACACGCGUUGGGCCCAGGUGGCUACAGCCCUGGCGGCUACAGCCCCGGCGGCAUUGCCCGGCCCUACACGGCCUCCGGCAUGCUCCACGCUUCAGGCAGCAUCGCCUCCGCCAGCAGCAAGGGCAUCAGCGGGCGGCUGCUUGGCGGCAUAGGCGGCGGCUCUGGCGCGGCUGGCCCCGGCUCCGGUGCGCCGGGCGGCCUGGAGUCUGGCUCCACCGCCCACGGCCCGCACGGGCACGGGCACGGGCACUCGCACGGGCUGAGUCAGUUCCAGAUCCAGAUGGCGGCGUCGCUGCAGAGCCCCAUGCUCAACGUGGAUGAGGAGUUGCUGGCAGCUGCACGCUGGUCCACCACCCGGCGCACCGUCAUCGCCGCCGCCACCGCCGGAGUCAGUGCCGGCGGCGCAGGCAGCCCGGUUGUGCACCCGGCCAGCGGCCAGGGUGGCCAGGCGGGCACGGUCCACGGGCUCGUUGGAGGCAUGGCGGCAGGCAGUGGCGGCGGCGGCGGCCGCGGCGGCGCCAGUGGCGUAACCUCGCCGGGCCUCACCAGCCCUGCCUUGAACUACACGUCCGGCGGGGUCUUGACUGGAGGGGGCGCCGGGGAAAGCGGCGGAAGAGGGAGUGGCGUGCUGUCGGGCGCAGGGACCGGCAUGGUGGCGGGCGUGGGCUUGGGCGGCGUCGAUGAGCGCCGCGGCCCGGCGUGGGCUGUGCGGAAAGCCAGCCAGGCGCGGCAGGAGCAGCUCGUGAGCGAGGUCUCGGCGCGGCUUCGUGAGGCAUUGAGAGCGCGCCUGGCAGCUGGAGGCGGCAGUGGCAGCAGCACAGUGGGCGGCGUUGGGAUGCAGCAGCUGAGCCCGCUUCACCACCUGUCACUGCGCGAGGGCAGCAUGAGUACUGUGACAGCACUCCAGGGGGCUGAUGAAACGUAUUUUUAAGGGCCCGACACGUCGACGACGCAUGGGCAUGCGUUUAGGCACCGGCAGGUGCUUGACAUCUACGCGCGUCAUGUCGGCAUGGGAAACGACUGGUCAGACUACACAAAACCGCACAACACAAACAUCUCAUCCGAACAUCUAGUGGUACUUACCAGAUCCGGCCAGCCCUAGCGUUGGCAUUUCUGGAUUUCGGGACUGAACGUUGGCGUACAAGGCACGAAUGAGUUUAAAGCGGCGGUGCAGGCCACACGACGCACAACUCAUUCAUCCCCCUUUGCAGGUUAGUGCGUAUACCAUGUUACUGCUGUGAUCUCGAUUUUGGACGAAAAAGGUGGCGCUCCCUCUUGAGGGGAAAAGUGGGCUGUGCCGCCACGCCACGUUCGUGCAACUCCUGAGGCCGAAGGUUUUGAAGCUACCUCAUGUCCCGGACAAAGCCGGCGUCGGCGUAUACAGGCACCGCCCGCCCGUUGUCCAGCCGCGUCCCGCUGUCACGCACCUCGGGCGCUUUGCUCGCGACAGUCAAUUGUCCAUGGACUCGCGAAGUCGCUUCUCGCUCCGGCUCAUUUUGACCCGCCGCCUAUUUGCGAUCAAUAGGCCUUACUAAGUGAUCUCGAUUUUGGAAGAAUUGUUUUACAAUGAUGAAGGGGGGCGGGGCGGGGGUGGGUGCGCUACACGCACUGAAAUCCCGCGUGUGUGUAUUUUUGUGUAUGUGUGUAUGUGUGUGUGCGUGUGUGCAUUAGUGAAGCGCACGGAGGAAGAGUCUACGUGUGAGUGUGUGCUUUUGAUGUUGGGUAAUGAAAGUGCGUGUGUGUCUAUUGUGGUAAUCAAAACCGGGGAGAGGUGGGCCGAAGACGGUUUGUGUGUUGCCGGGAUACGCGCCGGGGAGGCGCCGGGAGAUUGGAGUGUUUUUGCGAUGAUCAGGGCGUUGUGCAGCGGGGCUUUCAUUAUACAUUAUGGGCGAUAAGGAUGCGCCUGCGUACGGAUUGUGAAGGGCAAGGAUGCGGAUGAGGCAGCGAUUGCCAUUUCAGUGGCGAUACGUCGGUGGUCGUGCGCUAGAUGGAGAGCAGAUACAUCGGGGAGAGACAAGAGUGCCAACAAGUGGGGCGAAGAGUGUACCGUGCGUGAGAGUCCCCGAGGAGAGGAGAGACCCGGAGCGGCUAGUAGAGCAGACCAGGACGAGCCAGUGAUGCGCAUGCUUGCAAAGAGCGAGGGUGUCGCAUACCGUACCGUGGUAGCGGAACGGUUGGAGAUGCUGCUUGGUAGCGCGUGGCCAGCGGCCCUGCGCCGCGGUGGCGGCGGCGGCGAUGGUGGUGGUGGUGGUGGUGGUGGUGGUGGUGGUGGAGGGCCUGGCCCCACCAGCAGCAGCAGCAGCAGCAGCGGCAGCAGCAGCAGCAGCAGCGGCAGAGGGCCUGGCGGCAGCGGCCCUGGGCCCAGCAGUUGCGGCGUGCAUAUGUGUAGUGGAGGAGGCGAGCGCGGCGCCGCCCGAGACGCGGCGCCGGCGCGCAGGUUGAGGCCGGUCGGUGCCUGGUUAGGGUCUUUGCUGGCGAGCAUAGCACAGCACGGUAUGUGGUAGGGCGCAGCAGAGGAGUGUUUUGGCUAGAGGAUUUCCUGCUGUUUGGUUAAUUGCUGGUGCCUUUGCUUGACAGCGGGACGUGGCUGGACGCAUGGCGGGCCGUGCCUGUACGAACCGACCCCGACUAAGUCCGAGAGAUGACGUUGACGUUUGCGGCCUCAGACUAGAGACGUGGCGUGGGCGCAGGCCACUUUUCCCAUGCAAGGGGGACCACAUAUCUUGUUUGACUUCUGAGGUGGAGUUCAAGGGUAGCCGAUGGGAAAUCCAUAGGCCGAGGCAUGUGCUGGCAAGGGGUGAUGCCUUGUAGCGCCCUGUGUGUUAACAUGCAUGGCGAUGAGGUGUAUGGGUGGUGUUUUUAACACAGCUGUAGUCAAGUCCGUCGACAAGGGACAGCGGCAAUCUGCGUAAGCACAUCUCCGCUAAAGUAUGCGAUGUAAGUCGUACACAGCGCAUAUGCGGCAGCGCUCAGGGGCCCCGUGCGGCAGUCAAUGCGUGGCAGUGCCAGGGGCCAUUUCAGGCGUUUUGGACCGGUGAUGGAGCAGGGUAGGGUAAGUUUGGCGGCCAGAUUUGCCACUGCCCGCUGCGCCCUAAUGGUUGCAGCACGCGCACCCAGUGGGGACUGCGCAGGGUAGAAUGGACUAGGCAGGGUAGAGGGCACCCGUCAAGCACGUCGAUAGAGGGUACCCGUAGGCGAUAAUUGCUGGUGACAACUGCAAAUAGCAGAACUCCCCU